AUGGAUAGUAAAAGUAUAAUAGAGAAGUGCGGAUUUUAUUUUAUACAUAAUUUUGACUCGGGGAAUUUAGGCCAUGUAGAACAAGUCUCAAUGGAGCUUAUUGCUCCUGGUGUAAACUACAAAACAAAUGCUCCAGAAACACCUGAUUAUGAAUUCAAUCUGUGGACUAGGCCAGAUUGUGCUGGGACCGAAUUUGAAAAUGGCAAUCGCACUUGGUUUUAUUUUGGAGUCCAAGCUAGUGAACCUGGAGUACUGGUACGGUUAAACUUAAUAAAUCUAAACAAACAAGGCAAAAUGUAUAACCAAGGAAUGGCACCAGUAACAAGAACUUUACCUGGAAAACCACAGUGGGAAAGAAUAAAGGAUCGUCCAAUUCAUUCCACGGAUGACAACACAUUCACCCUGAGUUUUAAAUAUCGGACAUCUGAAAAUACCAAGGCGACGACAUUUUUUGCUUUCACAUAUCCCUACUCCUUUGCUGAAUUACAGAUUGCACUUAACACAAUUGAUUUGAAAUUGCUUCCACUACCGCCACCUCAGUCACUAGAUGAUAUCUAUUACUGCAGGGAAUGUCUCAUAUAUUCUCUUGAAGGUAGGCGAGUAGAUCUGUUAACAAUAACCUCACACCAUGGAAUUACUAAAGAGAGGGAGGAGAGAUUAAAGAAUCUGUUUCCAGACAACAAAGAGAGGCCAUUCAAGUUUCAGAACAAAAAGGUAAUCUUCAUAUCGGCAAGGGUACAUCCGGGUGAAACUCCAUCAAGCUUUGUCUUUAAUGGAUUCUUGAACCUAUUACUAUCCAGAGAUGACCCCAUUGCUAUUCAGUUGCGCAAGAACUACGUUUUCAAGUUGAUCCCGUUCCUCAACCCCGAUGGAGUUGCGCGGGGUCACUAUAGGACAGACACUAGGGGUGUUAAUUUGAACAGAGUCUAUCUUAAUCCCUCGCUGACACUCCACCCCACCGUGUAUGCUUCCAGGGCACUUAUAAGGUAUUACCAUUUCGGUUGUGAGAAAGAAGAUUUCUAUGAAGAUAGCAAAAGUCUAAUAUCGACGAGUAUGCAAAACAUUAGCGAAAACGCCGAGUUGAUAGAAAACGUGAAAAAGAAGAAAGGGACCAAAUCUUACAAGAACGAAUACUUCAAGAAGGAGAAGCUACUGAAGUCGGGCAACAAAUCUUCCACCAAUUUAAAACAUCAGUCUAUGGAUCAAUCGAAGAAAGAAGCCAAACUUUUGAGCGGAGAGGCGGCUAAUCUCGCCGAACAGGUCUACGACAUGAAACUACAAGAGAUACCUUCACAGCAAAGUGAUGCAACAUCCAAGAAUGAUAACUCCUAUUUAGAAGAGAGCCCUUCACUCCUUAACGACAAUGUGCUACGGUCUUGCCUUGGCUCAAACGUCCACGUAAGCACAAGUGAAGAGUUGAGCCUCCAAGGGAACAACCCCCUGAGACCCCUUCGGGAAACCCUGAAGAACAGCAUAAGUUUGUUGAUGGAGUCAAACUCGUCAGUUGCUGGUGGGAGCUCGAUGGGCGCCGAGUCCCGGGAGUGGCGGGUGCGGGUCGGCUGGUGCGGAGAGUGCCGGCGCGCGCUGCGCCGCCUCGAGCGCUGCUCACCCGGCGUUGGUGCCAUGCUGCCCGGCUACACCGCCACGCUUCAGGAUACAGAGCAGCCGCCAGAUGUAGAAGCCGUAUACUUCUGUACAAACUGCUUCAAGAGAUACGUCAUGACAGAAUCAAAUGAGGAUAUCAACGAGGUUGAUAUCCCGUCAACGGCGAAUGUUGGAGUAUCGGCGAGUAAUGGUGAUGGACCUGCGCUAGAAAAUUCAAUAACGCGACCGUCAAAAGAAGAGAAAACAUCUCUACCGCCAAAGCAGCUCAAGAAAAAACCAAUUUCUUCAGCCAGCGCAACCACACGCACACCUAAAGAGCCGGAGUCCGGAUUAUUUUUGUACAUAGAUUUGCACGGACAUGCUUCCAAAAAAGGCAUCUUCAUGUACGGCAAUCAUUUUGAAGACGUGGAGAGCUCGGUGGAGUGUAUGCUGUUGCCGAGAAUUAUGUCUUUGAACAAUCUGCACUUUCAUUUUUCUUCCUGCAAUUUUACCGAGAGAAAUAUGUACCUCAAGGACCGGCGCGACGGUAUGUCGCGCGAGGGCUCGGGACGCGUGGCGGUGUUGAAGGCCACGGGGCUGGUGCGCUCGUAUACGCUCGAGUGCAACUACAACACGGGCCGCCUCGUCAACGUGCUGCCGCCGCCCGUGCGCGCGCCGCCACCACCGCCACCCGCGCUGCCCCCGCCGCACUCGCCCCACACGCCGCACCCGCCCAAGUACACGCCGCACAUAUUUGAAGAGGUUGGUCGGUCGCUAGGCGCAUCGAUCCUGGACAUGACGGGGCAGCAUCCCAACUCACGCAUCCCGUGUUCCGAGCACCGCACGCUCGCCGCGCUGCGCGACUGGCUGCGCACGCACACGCGCACCAUGAGGCCGCAGCUCACGAUGUCUCGAUUGCGACCGAAGGCAACGUCGCCGACGAGGGUACCGCUGUACGCACGCACAAAGACAAAGGUGACCGACGAACGUAAAGAAAACACGUAUGCGGGGGCGAAGAGCGACACCGAACGAAAACGAAGUUCACCGAUCCUCGCAUCGCGCUCCGGACACGAUAUCAUUAACGUAAACGUAAACGUGAAAUACGUUAAAAAAUCCGAGCCUGUUAAAACGUCACGAACGAAAUACUUGACUGAAAACGAACCGAAACCAAAGACUCUAUCCACCAAAAGGCGUAAUAUAUUGGCGAUACGUAAGCCGAACUCGAGCAAAAGUCAAGCAGGCGUCGUGAAAGCCAAAGUGAGUAGACGUUCGGCUGAUGAUACGGAAAGUUCCCGCUCAGGUAAAGUAUCGGCAAAGUUAGCCAAGCGAAACUUAGCCCGGUCGAUACGUGGGACGGUGACGAGAUCCGGAAGCAACCGUUGCAGGCCAAUAGCGUCUUCGUCCUCUGAGGAUAUAGGUGGAAACUGGGAGGACAUAGCCGGAGGCACAGUUUUGGGAUCGCAGAGUGGUAUAUCCCAUCCGGAGUCGAUUGCGAUGUCGGGUAAGCGAAGGUCUUUUCCUAACCCGUCGCCGUCGCAUUUGAAGAAGAUACGGUUAAAGACUGCCAUGUAG